CUAAGACAAGGCUUCUCCAGUGUUUCAGACCUAGGGGAUGUCAUGUUCGACUUUCCGUCGUGGAUGAGGAGCAUCGGGCCAAUGACAACCGGGCGAACCAGCCCAGCACCUCCCGUGGCUCCGUUCAUCUUGCGACCGGCGGGUCGCUCUUUUUUUGAACUAAACAUCUUUCAGCUGCGAAGUUAACUCGGCCCCAUUACGCUGUGCGACUCUUGGCGACAUGACCCCCUCACACUUCUGAUCUUAGCACUUGUAUUCUCUUCUCAUACGCACACAAUCAUACUCUUGAUCGCCUUUGUUCCCCUGAUCAACGGGAGCCACUCGCCUUCCGCCAUCCUCGCAAUCUUUCACUCUUACCGUUCGCGCUCCUGGUGAUCUCGAACCGACCCCCUCUGCCUUGCCGAGCGAAUGCGAACAGCACGACCUGCGAUGUCUCCGAUCCGGUAAUCCUUGACACUGCCCGACGAUGGCGCCGAAUAGCCAGACGCCUGGCGACCAUGACAGUUCGCCCGAGAACCAAAUCCCCCUCCAAGACCUCUCCCGAUUCGAGGGCCUCGCGGAGCAGCGCGGCAGAGGUCGCGCCAAUAGUGCGGGGAGUAGUCUUUUCUCUCGACGGUCAUUGAUGAGAGGAGGGUCGCGGAGGCAUUAUGAGAGCGUGGCCGAAGAAUCACCGGUUGAAUUAGUCGGCGCGAUCAGGAAUCCGUUUCGACCAGCUCAUUAUGUUGGCCCAGAAUCUGACGAUAUCCCUCCUGAAGCCCUGGCGCAAGCCAUGUCAUUUGGUGCAACUUUCGACGAUUCGCACCAAACAACAUCAAUAGCCGGGCCCUCGUCGAUGCAUGACUUUAAUGACGCCGCUUCCGAUCUCGAUAAUGUGCCGCUGGACGCCUAUACUUCUCACGACCACGACGGCUACAUGCAUCCACGCGUCGAAGAUGAAGAUGACACUGCGCGAUUGACGGAUCCACGAUAUCUGCAACCUAUUAGCGGCGCCUCCGGGGAAGAGGGCCGACAGAGCAGUGACACGGGGGUUCACUCUCUACAAUUUGGACAAGGAUCGCGACUGGGCGAUGAUCUGCCCCAUCUCGAGGAAGGAUUGUCACGAAGCCGUGGCAGCACUGCCCGGUCUCGCUCUCUGUCCCCCUCGGCUUCUGGCGGAGCUUUGCAACGAGCCAGCUCCAUGGUGAAAUCCAUGUCGCAACGUGUGGUCAACUUGAGUAAUGAACCGGAGGUUAUAGAACAGACCAUUGAGAGGGAGGAAUCUCACAAAAGCUCGCGACUCGAAGGCCCUCCAAUGCUUCCCGCAAUGCCAGAAUAUGCGCAUGAUCCUUCACCCAAUGCAUCUGGACGGGAAAAGCGAUCAUUUUCGAAACUAUGGCGGUAUCGAAACAACCCAUUCCGAGGCAGGUCACUCGGUAUAUUGGGUCCGGAUCACCCAGUCCGACUAUGGCUGUGUGAUAUUCUCGUUCAUCCAGUCAUGGAACCUUUCAUUCUCGUCAUCAUUAUCAUCCAGACCAUCCUACUCAUUGUGGAAUCCUCAAAAUCCGUUUUCGAUCGACCUUUAGCCGUACGAUGGGGCAGCACCCCGUUAGACUACAUUUUCCUCGUCAUUUUUACCAUUUAUACCCUCGAAAUAAUUGCCAAAAUCCUGGUGUCCGGCUUAAUUUUCAACCCCGCAGAGUACAGUACUCUCAAUCGGUCUUUGGGCAUUCGCAAAGCGAUUGCGGAGAAGGGCAGGAACCUGAUCACGCCUCAUCGACAAGGGACAGUCAAAAAAGUCUCGUUCCUUCCGCAGGAACCGCAGGGGUCUAUUCUUCGGUCAUUCACCGGAAUGAAUGCUCUAGACCCCAACGCUGGUAACUACGACGAUCCUCUUCAUAAGCGCCGUGUUAGACUUGCACAUCGAGCUUUCCUUCGACACUCGUUCAACCGAUUAGACUUCGUUGCCGUCGUGGCUUUUUGGGUUUCCUUCUUUCUCUCGUUAAUGGGCGCGGAGUCAACGCAUCAGCUGUACAUUUUCCGAAUGCUCAGUUGUCUUCGAAUUUUGCGUCUUCUCGCCCUCACGAACGGUACAUCUGUAAUUCUUCGAAGUUUGAAACGGGCUGCCCCUUUGCUGGUCCAUGUGGCAUUCCUUAUUGGUUUCUUCUGGCUUCUUUUCGCCAUCGUCGGAAUCCAGAGCUUCAAGUCCAGUUUCAGACGAACUUGUGUCUGGAUCGAUCCUGAAGGCCAGAGUAACUAUUCAUCGGGCGAUCAAUUCUGUGGUGGAUAUCUUGACAAUGUUACUGGAGCGGAAAUGCCCUGGCUUGAUCGUUUUGGCAAUCCUUCCACCACCUCCAAGUCAAAGGGAUAUCUUUGCCCGCAGGGCUCUCUGUGUAUGGAAGGGGAAAAUCCGUACAAUGGAACCCAGAGCUUUGACAAUAUCGUGCAAUCCCUCGAGUUGGUUUUUGUUCUCAUGAGUUCCAACACCUUCACCGACCUGCUUUAUAAUACCACCGAUAGUGAUUACCUCGCGGCGGCACUAUACUUUGCUUUCGGUUUGGUUAUCUUGAGUUUGUGGCUGGUCAACUUGCUCGUCGCGGUCAUCACCCAUUCUUUCCAGGUGAUUCGUGAGGAAAGCAAGCGCAGUGCAUUCGCCGUCCAACAGCUUGAUGCAGUUGACAGCGAUGUAAAUUUAAAUCGGAGGGUCAACUCUCUCAAACGCAUUUAUGACAAGACCGAGUGGCUGUGGGUGUGCCUCAUCUUCUUUGACUUGGUUGUCCAAGCUUUGAGAAGCGCCUCUAUGUCCGGCGAACGAGCUCAAUUCAUUGACGAUACCGAGACUGUCAUCACCCUUGUCUUCCUUGUUGAGAUUAUCGUGCGAUUUGCAUCAGACUGGCGUGUCUUCCAUCGCAAACGCCGCAAUUGGUUUGACCUUUUCCUCGUGGUAGUCACCUGCGUCAUCCAAAUUCCUCCGAUUCGUAAUUCAGGACGCGCCUACACCGUUCUCACUCUCUUUCAGAUUCUUCGAGUGUACAGGUUCGUCCUGGCAUUCUCCGUCACCAGGAGGCUGAUUAUGGUCGUUUUCCGAAAUGUUGUUGGUUUGCUUAACCUCAUCUUCUUCCUAUUCUUGAUGACAUUCCUUGCGUCUAUCUUUGCAACCCAACUGUUCCGGAGCCAGAUCCCUCCAGAGGACUCCAGUGGCAGUGCAAUCAGCAUCACUUUUGCCGACAUCUACAAUUCGUUUUUGGGAAUGUACCAAAUUCUCUCGAGUGAGAAUUGGACAGACAUUUUGUACAAUGCUACUACUUACACUGUGUCUUACAAUACCGCUUGGAUCUCUGCUGCAUUCAUUAUCUUGUGGUUUAUUGUGGCCAACUUUAUUAUUUUGAACAUGUUCAUUGCUGUCAUUCAAGAGAGCUUUGACGUGUCAGAAGAUGAGAAGCGAAUGCAGCAAGUCCGGGCAUUUUUGGAACAGAAGCAUCUCGGUGGAAAUGCGCGAGGCAAUCUUGCCCUCUCUAAAAUUCUCCGUUUAGGCAGAGACUCGGAUCGCUACAAAGACCCCUUGGACCACGGUCCUGCCGCAAUGGAGAUGCUUCUCAAGGAUGCUGUCGUCCGUGACUUCCUAGACGAAGAGGCAGAGAGUGCAGAGGUCGAAAACGCGAACCGACGUCGAGAAAACACCAUGAUUCCGGAUAGUGCAAAUCAGGAAACCGUCGAGCCCGGCGCACUGUCUCGACUAUGGACAAAGACCUCCUCUCUGAUCUUGGGUCGGGAACCGAACCCGUUCUACUCCAAAUUACAAUUCUCACGGGCCUACGAAGAAUUGGACCCGCGAACCAUGGCAAAGGAAGUCGCAUCUGCGGCCGAAGCCAGAAAGCGUGCUCAGCGGGAAUACCUCGUCAAGCAUCCCAAUUACAACAAAUCGUUGUUCCUUUUCUCGCCACACAACGCCAUUCGCAAACUCUGCCAAAAAAUUGUCGGUCCUGGGCGGGGCAACCAGCGAGUUGAAGGUGUGGAUCCGUACAAGCCGGUGUGGUAUGCGUUCUCGGCUUUCAUCUAUGCGGCAAUUGUGGCUAUGGUGCUCCUGGCUUGUAUCACUACACCCCUAUACCAACGACAAUACUUUCGCACCACCCGCAAUUGGUUCGUAUACACUGAUCUAGGCUUCGCUGUUAUAUUCACUGUCGAGGCUCUGAUCAAAGUCAUCGCCGAUGGCUUUUUCUGGACACCCAAUGCGUUCUUCCGCAGUUCCUGGGGUUUCAUCGAUGGUGUCGUGUUGUUGACCCUAUGGAUUAAUGUUGGUAGUUCACUGAAAAAAGACUGGAAUGUUUCGCGGGCAAUCGGUGCUUUCAAAGCGCUCAGGGCUCUGCGCUUGCUGAACGUCUCCGACAGUGCCAAGGACACCUUCCAUUCGGUCAUCAUUGUUGGAGGAUGGAAGGUCGUUGCCGCGGCGGCUGUCUCGAUGAGUUUCCUCAUUCCCUUUGCCAUCUACGGUGUCAACUUGUUUAACGGACAGAUGAUCUCGUGCAACGACGGCAACUUUGCGGGAAAUUUAACGGCCUGUGUGGGCGAGUAUGCCAGCUCUCCCUACAAUUGGGACGUUCUGGCUCCGAGAGUCGCAGCUAAUCCAUACUACGACUUUGAUGACUUUGGUGAUGCCUUGUUCAUUCUCUUCCAAAUUGUUUCUCAGGAAGGCUGGGUCGACGUUCAGGAUAGUGCGAUGCAGAUUACUGGAAAAGGUCUACAACCGCAAGACGGGAGUGCACCGGAGAAUGGUUUGUUCUUCGUCGUCUUCAAUUUGCUUGGAGCAGUUUUCGUCUUGACCCUGUUCGUGUCCGUGUUCAUGCGCAAUUACACAGAACAGACUGGCGUUGCAUUCUUGACCGCUGAACAACGGUCUUGGCUGGAACUGCGGAAGCUGCUUCGUCAAAUCUCGCCGUCCAAGCGGUCGUUCAAUGAGAGAAGCAACAAAUGGCGCUUAUGGUGCUAUCGAAUCGCCGUUAAGAAACAUGGGCGAUGGGCGCGGUUCGUGACCUGCGUUCUCGUUGUGCACCUGCUUCUUCUGGUACUCGAGUAUUACCCCGAGCCUAAAUGGUGGGUGACGACUCGUACCAUCUGCUUCUUCGUCUUCAUGUUCGUCUAUAUUGCCAACGUUCUCGUCCGGUUGAUCGGCCUCGGAUGGCAUCGAUUCAGCCGAAGUUCUUGGGAUCUUUACUCGCUUCUUGCCGUGCCCGGUGCAUUCAUUACGAUCAUUCUCGAACUCUCGUAUCCAACCCAGGUCGUACUUGAGUUGAACAAAUUGUUCCUCGUCUCAAUCGCGCUGUUGCUUAUUCCUCGGAACAACCAGCUUGACCAGCUUUUCAAGACUGCCGCAGCUAGUCUGCCGGUGAUUGGCAACCUUUUGGCUACCUGGUUCGUGUUGUUCCUGGUAUUCGGCAUUGCCAUGAACCAGGCUUUCGGCCUCACCAAGUUUGGCUCCCAGGAGAACCAUAACAUCAACUUCCGAGACGUACCUAAAUCUCUGAUCCUGCUAUUCCGUGCUAGUUGCGGUGAAGGUUGGAAUGAGAUCAUGGAAGAUUUCGCGACAAUGGUGCCUCCCCUUUGCACAUACGAUUCCAACUUCCUCGAUGAUGACUGCGGCGGUGCCGCCUGGGCUCGGACCCUGUUCAUCAUGUGGAACAUUAUCAGCAUGUACAUUUUCGUUUCGCUGUUCGUUUCGCUCAUCUUCGAGAGUUUCUCGUAUGUCUAUCAACGCAGCAGUGGACUGUAUGCGGUCAGUCGUGAAGAGAUUCGCCGCUUUAAACAGGCCUGGGCGACCUACGACCCGAACGGAUCUGGCUAUAUUUCCAAAGAGCAGUUCCCCCGGCUACUUGGGGAGCUUUCUGGUGUCUUCGCCAUGCGAAUCUACGACAAUGAGUUCACUGUUGGAGCUAUUCUAGACCAAUGUCGAGAGACCCCCCGGGACUCGGUGCUUUCCUUGAACUCAAUGCACAACGCGUUGCCUCUUCGCUCUCGAGAAUCAGUCCAGUCACUGCGACCAAAUGGCGAGAGUAAUCUUGCGACGGGUGUCGAUCUCAAGAAACUCUCUCGUAUCAUUGACCGCAUCCCGGUUAGUACCAUUCGUGAACGACGUCAACGCCUAAACACCUUUUAUGAGGAGAUUCUCGUUUCGGCGGAUCCAGAACGAGGUAUAUCAUUCCAUCAGUGUUUGAUGAUUCUCGCGCAUUACAAUGUCAUCAGCGACAGCAAGAGUCUGCGACUUGAAGAAUUCCUCCGUCGUCGAUCCCGACUGCAGCGUGUUGAGGAAGCUGUGCGUCGUAACACGGUCAUUGGCUUCUUUGAUACACUCUACUGGUCUCGCGAAUUCCGGCGAGCUUGCGACCGCAAGAAAUCCAGUCGCAUGACCGCCGUCCCGCAGUUCACCGUGCCAGAGAUCUACGUCGACGACCCCGUCGAGGAGGAACCCGAAGAGCACGCACCUGGCGCGAUGACACCGCAAACCCAACCAGAUAUCGAUUCUCCAUUCGCACCUAUGCUCUCGCCGACGUCCACUUCUCACCGGCGGGCCGAGUCCAGUCCGACUGGACACCGCAACGACCUUCCUCGUUUGGAUACCAGUUUCAGUGGCCGCGCCUCUGGUGCUAGUACCCCUACGGAGUGGUCGAGUAUCAGCCCGUCAAGGACCCCGCGUCGGUUGUACGGCGAGCGCGUUUCCUUUGAGUCUGGUGAACACGACGAGUCAGUCAGAGGAGCCGAUCACUCUCGCCAGAAUAGCGCGAUUAGUGUGCAGGACGUUAUGCACUCGCUGGACAACUCCGCGUGGGGCGAGAGUAUUCGGCGCAGUUUCACGCAGCGACGAUCGGGUGAUCGAACAAGCGACCACUAGAUUCACUUUCGAGGCCCUCACCUUUGUUGAAAAGGUACUCGUGUUGACUUAUGCCUCUCUACGAGCUACGAAACGUAUGGAGGUAUAGACCUAUGACUGAAGAGCCGAGAAUUGACUUGGCCCUGUCACGCAUUUCUUUUCUUCUUUCUCUUCUCUUCUUCACUUCACUCUCUAUUCUCUUUUCGUCCCUGGACAUUCUUUGCAUCCUCGACUUGAUCUCGAGGAGAUUCAUUGUUUCCCUUUUCUCUUAACUUGAUUCUCCUUGUGUUUUUUUUUUUUUUUUUUUUUUUUUUGACUGUCGGAUGAAUUCCAUUUCGCUGUACAUUACCCUCUCUGAUCCUGGCAUCCAUGGGAGUAUUUUUUCUGCAUAGCAACGGCGUGGGCUUCUUGCCAGUUUUUGAUGAAUUCAUUUGUUCCCGCCCUUUCGUGUUUUUCUUUGUCCCCUUACUCAGAUAGAAGUUGAUAUCACACUCGGGCAUAUAAUAGGUUCAAUAGAAUGUGGCAUGUACAUGUACUAAUUCUGCUAUCAUGGGCCAUGCUAGGUAGGAACGUUUUCUUUUCG